AUGGGAAACUAUUUUAAAACCAAACCUAAAUAUAAACUUGAUAGAGAAAUGGUUGAAUUUCUUAAAUCUCGUAAACUUUAACACAUAAAUGAAGUAUAGAGAUAUUUUUAAAUAGGCUAUUGAAGUUGUAAAUACUAAAUUUCCAAAUUCAAAGUAUUUAGAGUACAGUGAUUAUUGUGAUGUAUUCAACCCAAUCUUAGAAAUAUGGACAUAACCUGUAUUCUCUCUCUUGUCUUCUAAAUCUACAUUAGAAGGAGCUAAUGAUAUUUAUGAAUCAUUAGCUGUUUUGGUAAUUAAAUGAAUUAACUUAAAGACAAUAUUUAGUGAUGAAGAAUAAGAACUUAAAUUAUAGUUUAUAUUCCAAUUAUUUGAUACUGAUAAAUCAGGUGAAAUUGAAAAGGCUGAAUUAGUAGUAGCAUUAGAAACAUGCAUACGUGGUUUAUGUAAAUUAGUCCAUUUACCUGCUCCUUCAAUAAAAGAUAUAGAUUUUUAUGCAGAAAGAUUAUUUAUAGAAUUGGAUAGAGAUUAUAGUUAUACUAUAUCAUUUAAUGAAUUUAAAUUGUGGAUAAUUGGAAAUUUUGAAUUAUAAGACUUUUUAUUAAAGUAUGCAUUAAUCUAAACAUAUGAAAAUGCAAGAAGGAGAUAUAAAGAGAAAAGAAUUCUAUAUGAAAACUUUUUUAUAAAUGCAGUUGGUAAUGAUAAAUGUGAAUAAUGUGAAUUAGAAUCUAUUAAACAAAUAUUUUUAAAUGAAUUCAAUAAUUAAUAAUUAGAAAUUUUGGAAUUGCUAUUUAAGACUUUAUAAGAUUCUUCUAAUGCUUAUUUAGAUUAAAAAAAUGAUGGAUGGAUUUUUAAAUAAGCAUAUUAAGAUGUAAUGAAUGCUUGGGCUGCUUUUGAUGCUUCUGAUAUUAAUUGUGAUAAUGAAGUAUCUAUGUCAGAAUUGAAAUAUUUAAUUUAUGCAUAUGAAGGAGAUAAACCAAAUUAUUAUAGAUUACAAACAGAAAUGGAAAUUUUAGAUAUGGAUUAAUCAGGAAGAAUUACAAGAGAUGAAUGGAUUAAAUAUCUUUGUGUAAUGGAAAAAGGUAAAUAUGUUUUUAGGGGAACUUUGUAACAUUAAUUUAAUGAAUAUGAUAAAGAUCAUAAUGGUAUGUUAUCGAUUCAAGAUAUAAAAGAUUUAUUAAAAAAUUCAAUGAAAGAUUUAAGAAUCAGUUUUAAAGUAGUAAUUUUUCUAUAUUUAAGAAAUUAAAAUCUGAGAAAAAUUUUGAAGAAAUGGUAGAUGAUUUAAUAAAUGAAAUUGUUAAAUCAUUACAAUAAGGAGAAAAAAAUUAUCAAUCUAAUUAAAAUUAGAUGUUGUUUGUAUUAUGUAAAUGAUUAAAUUAGCUAACUUGGAAUGAAUUUAAAUCAUUUAUGGAGAAAGCAACACUAAAGUAAGAUUAACUUCGCUAGUUUCUAGCCAAACUUUGAUUUAUAAAUAUAUUAAAAUAAUUGCUAUGAAUUCAAUUAAAAAAAUCCUAAAAAAGAAAAGAUUGUUAAAAUCAUCAAAAAAAAGAAAAUAAUCAACAACUUAGCUUGAAUCUGAAACAAUUUAAUAAAUAAAGCUAACACAUAAAGAAGUAUUAUAUUUUCAUUAAAAUUUUAGUAAAUUCACAUUAAAGGUCAAUUUUAAUUUGUAAUUGUUAAUGGAUAUUUGGAAAUGGAUUUAUAUGAAGUAAGGAAACCUUAAAUAUAUGAAUUCAAUAGUAAUGAGUUUGUCUCUGUAAUUGCUCAUAAUGUACCUUAAAAAAUUGAAGAUUAUUUAACAAAAUUUCAAUCAUCAUAAAUAUAAUCUGAAAUAUAUUUGGAAUUUAUGAAUUUCAUUCUAAAAAAUUAACCAAAAGAAUUAACUUUAUUAAUUUAUGGUCAUUAUGAAAUUAGUGAUUUUGGUUAUAUUUUGACUGAAUAAAAAUAGGACCUUUUUGACUGUUAAGAUAGAAGUGUAAUGUUUAUUGGUGAAAAAUAAGUAGGAAAAUCUACAAGUUUGUAAUUAUAUGCAAAUAAAUUAAUGAAUUCUAAUCAAGUCUUUAUUUUAGAUACUGAUCUAGGUUAAGCUAUUAUUUUACCUGGUUUUGUUACUCUUAUUAAAUUAGAAUUACCUUUAUUUUUAUCAAAACCCUAGAUAUUAUUUUAAGGAUUUGUUGGUGAAUUCUAAGUUUUUAAUUAUUUUGAUCUUUAUUUUCAUAAAGUAACUUAAGCUUUGGAUGUUUACAAUUAGUCACAACUUUUAAAGGAUUAUCCAUUAUUAAUUAAUACUGCUGGUUUCAUAACUAGUUAUGGAAUAACUAUAAUUUAAGAGUUAAUGAAUAUUUUAUAACCUUCAAAAUGUAUAUUACUUUCUAGAGAUAAUCAUAAAAAAAUUAUGGAAAAAUCAAAUUAUUUAUAUGAUUAAUUAUCUAAAAAAUCUUUUAUUAGUAAUUUUGACACAUUUAAAUCAUAAUUAUAAAUAGUUCAUGAAGAAAUUGAUUCUGAAAUAUAUGGUUAAACUAUUUAGGUAUAAACACCAUAAAUAAGAAAAUAUAAUCGAACAUAAAAGAUUGCUUAAAAUCUUGGUGUAGAAAAUUUAAAUUACUUAACAUUAUGUUCAUAAACAGAUAUUAAAAUUAUAGAUACAAAUUAAUGUUAAUUUAUAGUGAUAAAUGAAAAAAAAAAUUAUUAUGAUUUAGAAGAGAUAGCUUCUGUGUUUAUAUUUAAUUUAGUAGCUGUAGAGUAAGAUGGGACAUUUUUGGGAUUAGGAUUUAUUAAAGAUAUUGAUAUUAUUCAUAAUAAAAUACAUAUCAUUUCUUAAAUUGAAUUUGGUAGUACUUAAUAUUAAUUUAUAAAAUCAAAAUUCUAUAAUAUAACAUAAGAUUAAUUAGGUGAAAUAAGUGUAGAAGAUAUAUAUUAAUUAUUGGAUAAAGAAUGCAUUUAAAAUGGAGAACCAUUAGAUUAUUUGAUUGAGUUGCCUUAUAUUACAUAAAAGAGUGAAGCAAUAGGGGAUUUCAAACAUAAGAUUACCUUAAAUAAAAAAACCUUUUGA